ACAAACCCCGCAAAAUCUUGUUGACUCUGAAAGCAUCGCCUUACUAACCCCCAACAAACAAACAGACAAUCGAGAAUUCCAUUACCCAUAAACGUCACCUUCUCACCUUGUUUCGCACAACCUUCCCUGCUGCUGUCGUCACACUCCAUUCCGUCUUCACCUUCUCUCUCAUCUCCACUUAUCUUCAACCUCGAUUUCCCCCAAUUUCUAGGGUUUUUGCGCCGAUGUCGCAGAACGGCGGAGCAAUGGAGGCGCCGGAUUUCCACCUCCCCGACGAAGUCUUAGCCGUCAUUCCUACAGACCCGUACGACCAGCUCGAUUUAGCUCGCAAGAUUACUUCCAUGGCGAUUGCUUCUAGGGUUUCGAAUCUCGAGUCGGAGACUACUCGGCUUAAGCAGAAGGUUUAUGAUCAAGACCGUCUUAUUUUUGAGCUUGAGGAGAAAGCUUCUCGCCUUCAACAAGUCUUUCAGGAUGCUGAUUCUCGCUUGAAACUUGUUCAUGAUGAAAAUAUGAAAUUAGUGCAGGAAAGAGAUUCAUUAUCGGCGACAGUGAAGAAAUUGAACCGUGACUUAGGAAAGCUAGAGACAUUCAAGAGACAACUUAUGCAGUCACUCAAUGAAGAUACUUCAGCUGAAGCUGUUGAUAUUGGAACAUGUGAUCAAUCAGUUCCUAGAGCAUAUCCAGAGAAAGAUGAUGGCGCUAAUGGUCACACAAGACACUAUUCUUAUAAUGGCUCUGCUGAAUCCAGAUAUUCAAGCGAUGAUACAGUGAAACAAACUGGUCAAAGAUUUUCAUUGACUCCUUAUCAGAUCACCCCUCGGCUAACUCCUACUGGAACUCCUAAAGUUAUUUCGACUAGUGGCUCCCCCAGAUCUUAUUCUGCUGUUGGAUCUCCCCAGAAAAAUUCUGGGGCAACAACUCCAACUAAAAUGCAGUAUGAUGGACGCACUUCAUUGUCAUCCUGGUAUCCGUCAAGUCAGCAAUCAUCAGCAGCAAACUCACCGCCCCGUGUCCGGGCUUUACCAAGUCGAACCCCUAGAAUUGAUGGAAAGGAGUUUUUUCGCCAGGCUCGGAGUCGAUUGUCAUAUGAGCAAUUCAGCGCUUUUCUGGCAAAUAUCAAGCAACUAAAUGAUCAUAAGCAAUCACGAGAGGAAACCUUGAGGAAAGCAGACGAAAUACUUGGUACAGAUAACAAAGAUCUUUACCUCUCAUUUCAAGGACUACUCAACCGCAACGUGAAUUAGUACUUGCAAACCUGCAGCUUUGAGCCCUUGUGGUGUUGAGUAAAACUUGUUGCAGUUGCUUGCUUGUAGACUUCUUACUCAUGGGGUGUGAAAUUGAGAAUCUAUUUUUGUCUAUUAGGAAGGUUGACUGAUGUCAAUGAACGCAUUGUACUAUUUUCAUUCAGGUUAUGCAAUGUAAAUAAGUUGUCUCUACCUUGUGUCGCCUGCAAAAUCCGGAAGAGCAAGAUCUACAGGGAUUUGUCUUCUGCUUGUGGAUUUUCAUGAAGCCAAAACUUUCCCCUUGAAAGCAUAUUUAUAACUUCCUGCAAUUCCAUGGCCCUGAUAUUUGUUCCUUCAUUUUUGAAAUGUCAGGGAAUUGUUUUUUUUUUCUUUGAUAUUAUUAACAUAUUUAGGCAGCUAUGCCGGUCUGGUUCUGUACGUUGUAUCCUUGGUCAUGGACUCAUGGGUGCUAUUGUAUUUCUGCUUGACCUGCUGUGAGCCUGUGACUUCUUCAUUGGAAGUUUAGUUAGAGGAAAUGUUGUAUUAGGGAAAUUACUUUCUGCUGUAGUUAUACAGGCCCUUCCCUCCGUAAGAACGGUUAUGGUGAAUUGGUGAUGACGGAUAAGUUACAAGUUUAGA